CCAGAAUGCCUUAAGUAUCUAUCUAUCCUAACUUAUUAUACUGAAAUAUGAAAACAGUUAAGAAAAUAAGACCAGUACCUCAAAAUGAAUCGAAUUCUGGAAGAAAUUUUGAACCAUGGAAAUGGUUAAUGAAGAGAAACUCAGGGGUUUUGAGACAUUGUGAAAGAAAACAAAUCUAUCCCUACUUGUAUACCAACAUAAAACCAGUUUUGACAUGGAAUCCCCAUGAAUUACCUAAUGGUGGGCAACAUGGUGCCAUUUUUAAUUUUGAUUAUUCAACAGAUGGUUCAAUUUUAAUAGCAGCUUGUCAACAUAAGAGUUUUUUAAUGUUUGAUCCAUAUAAUGGUCAGUUGUUAAAAGAGAAACAAGAUGCACAUUCUGAUUGUGUAAAUUGUGUCAGAUUUUUAGAUACAAGAUUAUUUGCUACAUGUUCAGAUGAUAAAACUGUGGUGUUGUGGGAUUGUCGAUUUUUAAAAUCAAGAAUUAAAACAUUAACUGGACACGAUUAUUGGGUAAAGAAUAUAGAGUAUAAUAGUUCUGAAAGUUUAUUGGUAACAUCUGGUUUUGAUGGCAGAAUUUGUACCUGGGACAUCAACAAUUAUUCUGGUCAAAAUGAUGAACACAAACAAGUUUUAUUAACAAAAGGAUUGAUGAGAUCUAAACUGACAUCUGAUAAUAAGAAACUUAUCAUCUCAACAUCUCGUGGUUAUAUGAUUAUAAUACAUGAUCUAAACUUACACACAUUACCUACUGAUUUAUAUAGUUUUAAACCAGAUGUCUACAGAGUUCAUAGAAUAAAUUCAGCUGGUGAAUCGGAAUUAGUAGUUAAAGAUAAUCCUUUCAUUCAUCGGAAAACCAACAGAAUAGAAUUUAUCUCUGACUUUCCAUCUGGCAAUGAGGCAGAAGUAAUAGCUAGUCUACAGGUUCACCCACAUAGCUGGUGUAUUGUAUCCAGGAAUACUAGUACAGAUAGUGAUUCAGAGUGGGUUUGUGUCCAUGAUAUCCAGUCAACUCCAGACGAUAUUAGUCUUGAUCAACCUAGUACUUCAUCUUCUACUUUAAAAGUGAAUAAACCGAGAUUAAUGUUUUAUAAACAAGAACCUAACGUGGGGGAGGGCUUUAUUAAAGAAUUAUGUUUUAGUUAUGAUGGACGUGUGAUAUGUUCACCAUAUAAAGAUGGUGUACGAUUGUUAACAUUUAACCAGAAUUGUGAUGAGAUUUGUGAUUGUGUGCCGAGUGAAGUAAAGAAUCUACAUGUUUAUCAAACCAAUCAAUCUCAUAAUAGCUAUGUACUGGCAACAAAAUUCUCACCCAAACACUUUAUGUUUGUUUCUGGUAGUUUAAGUGGUAAAGUUGUCUUUCAUCAGCCUGUUUUAUAG